UAGACCUCCAAUUCCGGCCUCCUCUCUCCCUGCUCUUCCACCAACUAAUAGCUCCCUUCCUCUCCAUUUCGGCGCCUAUCCUACACCGCCCCCCUCUAGCGCCUUGUAUGGGCGAGAAAUGGCAGAGCCUUCAGGACGGGCAUCACCCACGGACAUAACAGGGGUUGUGGCAAGGGUGUCCACUGUCACAGCUCCUUCACCGCGUUCAUCAACACACACAUACACGACUCAGCCCGAGGCGUAUGAGAUGCAUGUGCGCCCAAUGGUCAUCCCCCCACCUAUGCCUCUCGAUUUGCCAGAUGCAGAUCUUGUAAAAAUAGGAAGAGAUUACCAAGCACUCAUCUUAGCGAAGUGCGCGCGGGGUAAUCAUGAUUAUGCUACUUCGUAUGGAAUGGCAGGGAUAUUGGCAUCUAUCUUUUGCUUCCCAUGUGGACUCAUCGGACUUUGCCUGGACCGUGACAAAAAAUGUGUCCGUUGUGGUGUUGACGUAAAUCACGGAGGUUAACAGCUAAAUGUCGAGCAGAACGAUGCGACGUCUAACCUUCCAUCUCUUGUAUGGCGGGAGUCAUUGGUUAUUCAGACUGCCGCAUCAAGGACACACAACCUACCACCUCUCGAGAGAACCUAACCUUAAUCAGACCUGAAUGUCGACUUCUAUAUAGGUCUCUAUCACCUUCCUUGACACGAUAUCCACAUUGCUUUUAGUUUGUA